CAACAGAGGGUAACCAAAAAAGUACAUUUUGUCUGGCAAAAAAAAAAAACCAAAAAAACCAAAAAACAUAAACAAGGGGUGCGAUAUGUAAAUUUACUCUCUUGUCUUCUGGGUUUAUUAACCCCUGUCGUCUCUCUGCUCUAUUGCAAAGUUCUUGCUGGGUUUUAGAGUCCGGAGAAACCUGCCGGAAAAAUCAAUACUUUAUCAAAGUCCCAUUUCAGAGUCGCAAUCAGCUUCACCUUUCACAAGCACGCGUUCCUCAAGAGGAAAACAUGGCAAAGCGUCUGAUUUCACUCUUCAGCCGUGGUUGGGCUCAGAAUCUCCUCCCAACAUCCUCCACUAAGCUGGACUCAAGGAAGGCUUUUUCUGUGGGACUGGGUGGACUGAGUACAGCAGGUUACAGUACCCAAGUCAAGCAAGAAUCUCAUUAUUAUGAUGGUGCCUUUGUGGAUGCAUUCCUGAUGAAAAUGAAAACCAACAAAGAACUUCUUAUGAACAAGAAAAUCUGGUCCCGCAGAUCUACUAUUUUACCGGAAUUUGUUGGCUGCACUGUUCGCAUUUAUAAUGGAAAAACUCAUGUUCGUUGCAAAAUCACUGAAGAAAAGGUGGGUCACAAAUUUGGAGAAUUUGCUAUGACACGGAAACGAAGGCUGCCAAUGAAAAAUGCUGCACCACUAAGAAAAGCGAAUAAAACUGGCAAGAAAAAGUGAAUGUCUUGAUGCAUACGACAUGCAUAUGGAAUAUAGCAGUCAAGAAACCAGAAGAUCUCCAGUGCAUUAGAGAAAGCCUCCUGAUCUAACAUUUCAUUUUCACCUUUUUCAUAUAAUAAGAUCAGGUUUGUACUGAAAUCAAAGAUGCACCACCAUGCAUGAAUGGCCAUUGGUUGGAUUUUUUUCUCUUUCCUUUUUCUUUCAGUCUUAAGGUAUUAGAGAGCUGUUGGAUGUUCCUGUUGAAAGGAAGCAAUCAGUUUUAGUUUUCUUGGCCAUGUAGCCAUUGUUAUUGUUAUUUGCAUUUGCAGUUUUGUACCAAAUGAAUUUUGAACAGCUCAUUUCUUUUAGACAGAAAUCUAUGAUGACGUUUAC